GCCGGUCUCCGCAAGGCCAUCGGUCCGUCCGCCCGCCCGCCCGGCGCUCCUCCGCCCCGGCGCCGCCGUCCUGUCUGCGCUCGUCGCUUCCUCGGUUCCAGCCGCUCCCUGCCCCUCCCCCGCCCCGGGCCGGCCGCCGCCGCUACGCGAGACCGGGGAUUGGCAGCGCGCGUAGGCCGCGCCGCCCUGGAUGGAACCGGAAUAAAGGGGCGGCGGAGAGGCAGCCGGUCGCUACUCGUCCCGCGCCAGACCCCGCGGGCGCCCUGGAGCAGAACCCAUCAUCGGGGAAGGCAGAGCCUCCCUGGCAUUGCUGGGACCCUGCCACGAAGAUCCUCCCCAUCCUGUAGGCAGAGCGUUGUAGUUGCUCUUGGUUAAUGACUCGGGCUGUCCGACCAGUCCCUCUUCUGUGCCUUGCCUGAGGUCCUUGUCCACCCCCUCAUCCCGGGCAGCUUCUCUUUCUGGGUUGGGUCACCUUAAGCGGGAAGCUGAAGCCGUUACUCUCCAAGCCCUGUUUCAUCUUCCCAAGCAUGUCGGAAAGCUGGCAGCAGCCGCCACAGACACAACCACAGCAGCCGCAGCCCCCGCAACCUCAACACCAUGCAGAGCCGCCACCGGCGCUGGCUGAGCACACUCUGCCCCCGGGCACGGCUGAGAACCCCCUGGGCUGUGCGGUCUAUGGCAUCCUCCUGCAGCCAGACCCUGGCCUGCAGCCCCCGCAGCAUGCACCCCUGCAGGCAGCAGGUGAGCCCGGCCCCAAGUGUGGUGUGUGCGGUCACGACCUGGCGCAUCUGUCAAGCCCACAUGAGCACCAGUGCCUGGCGGGCCAUGACCGCUCAUUCCAGUGCACGCAGUGUCUCAAGAUAUUCCACCAGGCUACUGACCUGCUGGAGCACCAGUGCGUGCAGGCUGAGCAGAAGCCUUUUGUCUGUGGCGUCUGCAAGAUGGGCUUCUCGCUGCUCACCUCACUGGCACAGCACCACAGCGCACACACUGGCACUGGUGGCAUCGUGAAGUGUUCCAUCUGUGAGAAGACCUACAAGCCCACCGAGGCUGCCGAGCCGGCAGCCACGGCGGCCCCAUCGCUGCCCCCCUCCGCCCCGCCCCCGGCCGUGGCCCCUGCUGACCCGGUGGAGAAACCCUACAGCUGCCCCAUCUGCCAGAAGCCCUUCAAGCACCUGUCGGAGCUGUCGCGGCAUGAGCGCAUCCACACGGGCGAAAAGCCGUACAAGUGCACGCUGUGCGACAAGAGCUUCAGCCAGUCGUCACACCUGGUGCACCACAAGCGCACGCACAGCUCGGAGCGGCCCUACAAGUGCGCGGUCUGCGAGAAGACCUUCAAGCACCGCUCGCACCUGGUGCGCCACAUGUACGCGCACUCGGGCGAGCACCACCUCUUCCGCUGCAACGUGUGCGAGCUGCACUUCAAGGAGUCUUCGGAGCUGCUGCAGCACCCCUGCACGCCCAGCGGCGAGCGGCCCUUCCGCUGCGGGGAGUGCCAGAAGGCCUUCAAGCGGCCCUCGGACCUGCGGCAGCACGAGCGCACGCACAGCGCCGAGCGGCCGUUUAAGUGCGACCUGUGCCCCAUGGGCUUCAAGCAGCAGUACGCGCUCAUGCGGCACCGGCGCACGCACAAGACCGAGGAGCCCUUCAAGUGCGGCCUGUGCGAGAAGGGCUUCGGGCAGCCCAGCCACCUGCUCUACCACCAGCACGUGCACACCCUCGAGACCCUCUUCAAGUGCCCCGUGUGCCAGAAGGGCUUCGACCAGUCGGCUGAGCUGCUGCGGCACAAGUGUCUCCCCGGCGCGGCAGAGCGGCCCUUCAAGUGCCCUGUGUGCAACAAGGCCUACAAGCGGGCGUCCGCCCUGCAGAAGCACCAGCUGUCCCACUGCUCGGCGGCCGAGAAGCCCCUGCGCUGCACGCUGUGUGAGCGCCGCUUCUUCUCCUCCUCGGAGUUCGUGCAGCACCGCUGCGACCCCGCCCGAGAGAAGCCGCUCAAGUGCCCGGACUGCGAGAAGCGCUUCAAGUACGCGUCGGACCUGCAGCGGCACCGGCGCGUGCACACCGGCGAGAAGCCCUACAAGUGCCCCAACUGCGACAAGGCCUUCAAGCAGCGGGAGCAUCUCAACAAGCACCAGGGGGUGCACGCCCGCGAGCAGCAGUUCAAGUGCGUGUGGUGCGGGGAGCGCUUCCUGGACGUGGCCCUGCUGCAGGAGCACAGCGCGCAGCAUAGCGCUGCCGCCGCUGCCGCGGAGGGCGCCUACCAGGUGGCCGCCUGCCUGCCCUGAGCCCGGCCGUGGCCCCUCCCAGGCUGGCAGGAGCCCUCCACCCGGCCGUGUGCGCUGAGGUCCUGAGCAUGAGGACAGACGGACAAUGGGCAGGUGUGUGUGUGUGUGGGGGGCGGGGGGUGGUGCCUGGCUCUCUUGAUACUAGCCUGGAGGUUGGGGGAACCAGAUUGCUCCAACUGGUCCUGAUUCCACAAACCUCUUUCCCAAUCAGGAUUUGCUUUCUGAGUUGCCAGCUUCCCUUGUCUCUGGGAGUCUGGCAAGUCAGGCUGGAAGUCAGGUGGCCUCUUUACCCCAAGGAGGGUGUGGUACCAGCCCAACUUUCCCAGUCCUUUCACCAGCAGACAGGUUAGAAAAGAAGGUGGUCACGGGGGAAACUGGCAGAAGGGCUGGACCCCAGAGGUAUAGGGGAUUCCCCCUUCAAGUUACCUUUUGAGCAAAAAGGCCAAACUGUGACGUCGUCCUGGGUACCAGGAGGCCAGACCAAAAGACCAGCUCUCUGCCUGUGCUAGCCAGUGGCCAUGUGUCUUCUAGGUUUCUGCCAGGCCAGACCCACAGGCGGUGCAUUCUGUGGCCUGGGUCUUCCCUGGAGAGCAAGCGGCCCAGCCAGAGGGAGGAAGCCGAGAAGCUCUCCUGUGAUGUGUUCAGCCACAGUGUGUCCACAGGGAGCGGAGGGAAGACAGCCUUUGCACUGAAGGCUAAUCCCACUGAAGGCUAAGCACACCUCACCUCCGCAGUGGUUCUGAGCUAUGGUGGGGAAAUGCUCUCAGCCAGGUGGACCAGCUGGCAUGAAGGAAGGGGGGUGUUAGACCACCUGGUGCCUGGAGGAAGCAGGGCCAAGCCCAGUCUUCCCAGUGGGUGCAAACCAGUGUCCUCCCCCUUGAAUUGUGAGAAGCACGCUGGCGCCAGCCCUGCUUCAGGGCCAAGACCAGGCCUAGGUACUCAGAGGCGGGGAGGCAAGCAGAUUGGCCAUGGCCUCUGACCCCGCAGUCCCCUAGCCCAUGGAAACCCUCCCCCAUCAGCCUGGCUCUGGCCUAGACCCUGGGGUCUGUGCCGCCAGGACACCCUGGACAACAUCCGGGUACUUCCAAGGCCAGAGCAUUUCCCUUGGGUCCUCCCAGGUCUUCGACUGCCCUUGAGCCUUAUGGAGCCAAGGGUGUCUGGGGCACGGAGUGGGCAGUUAGGGGAAGAAGGUUGUUAAGAAACCACUAGGGGGAUGGAGUCCACUGGUUUCCCUGGAGGCCGGGGCCCUGCUUGGAAGUCUGCAGGACCGUCAUUAUCAAAACAGUAGUUUUGAACGUGGCUCUGUCCCUGACCUCUUGCAGGCCCCCUUCUUGGUUGUGGGUCUUGAAAGAAGACUUUAAUCACUGCAUGUACCAAGAGCCCAGAGGAGCAGGGAGACCCUUGUCUUACUCUCCCCUUCAGAAGUCUGAGAAGCCCCAUCGCCUCAUUUCUCUGGGUUCCCUUCCUGUGCCCGCCCAGAGGGGCUGGUCCGGCCCCAGUGCUGGCGCCCCUUUACGACGCCUCACAAGACAUAGAGCCCAGGCUUACCAUGUCCCAACUGCUCAUUUUUUCCCUUUCAUUUUGCUUUCUAAAAGCAGUUAUUAUUCAAUAACAUUGUAUAGUUUAUUUCAUGUCAUUUUGGAUCUUAUAUAAAAAUGUGAGAAUUUGGAUUUUUUAAAACGACUCCAUUUUAGAUAGCCCCUUUUGAUGUUAAUAUAUAUAUAGUGAGUCCAGCGUAUGCUUUAGAAGUAAAGACACUGACCACCAGAGACCAAAGCUCUGCUCGUGCGGGUGAUUCUUCUAUGGGGGCAUGAUGGUGCGUGAGCUGGGGUGGGCAGGCCAGGGUGGCAGGCGGGGAAUGGUGCAUAGUCUGGUCUUGUGACCUUGCGUAAGUCACUUAACCUCUUUGGAGCUCAGUUGCCUCGUGUGUGAAAUGGGGCGGUUAACCCUUGGCUGGCUGGCUUAUGGUGAGAGUUAUUGGUAGAUGGAGUCGCGUCUGGAGGUCCUGGUGGGAAAGCUGGGAAGACACUGACGGUACCAACUGCAAGACAGCUGGGCCCCCGGGAGUGGCCCACAACCACUUGAUCUUGGGGUUUUACUGCAGCACCUGAGAAGGGAGCUGGGCUGCCAGAGACCAGCAGCUCCCGGAUGGUCAGAGCCAAGGGACUGGGCCUGUAAGCAUGAGAGCUUGUUUCGCCCCAGUGGUAAACCAAGGGCCGGCCUGGCCCCAGGGCCCUCUCCUCGAGGGUCACCUGUUUUCGCCCCACUUCUACUCACCUUGUCUCAGUGACCCAUUGCACACCAACCCAGCGACCUCCCCUCUCACCCCGUUCUCUAUCCCAUUGCUGCCACCCCGCCAGCCAGCUGUGACUCAGGCCCCUGCUUCUUAAAGGCAAGCAUGGAGGUGGGGAGGGAGGGGGCAACAGUCUCCUCUGG